UCAGAGGGAGACGCCCAGGGCCUCCAUCAUGGCCUCGUACUCAGCUGACAACACACACACAGACACACAGACAGAGGUGUGUGUUGUACGGCUUGUAUUGUGGUGCCAGUAACGCAAUUUUGCAGUCACGUGCGUGCUGUGCUCACUCGGCUCUGGUGUCUGGCAGUAGUCGGGCCACUCCUUGGCAAUGCGCGUCAUCUCUGCACACAGCCGAACACACACGGCAGAGAUGCACACAUGCUUUGUGCAAUUGACGGUGCCAAGUGCCUCGACACACCUGUCGUGGUGUCGUCGCAGUAUGAGGCCAUCAUCUCCCUCAGCUCCUCCGGAGCCACGCCCUGGGCAUGCCCCACACACACAUCGCGGAACAGGCCAGCCGUCUUCUGGGCGAUCCCGCGGGUGGCCGGUGUCAGCCGCUCGUCGUUGUCGAUGCUGGUCAGGGCGCCGGUGUGGAUGCUGUGGAUGGCCUGGGUGUAUGUCUCCUUGACGGCCUCCAAGGUGGUGAGCUGCCCUCCCUCACACUUGGCCAGCACGCCCCUGAUCUGACCUCUUGCAUCCGGGGCCACUGACCCCCCAGCAUGGAAUCGUCACAGCAGAGCGGCAGCAGGCAGCACGCCGUGCCGACCAGGUCGCCGUAGUAGUCCACCACUUAUCGCGCAGUGCCCGCCCCUCCAAGACCGCCUGCGUGUUGCCCACAGUGGUGCACGGGGGGCCGAGGCGAUUGUUCAGGGCGGACUCGAAGUCAAUCAUGCCCGCCUCCCCAUUCCCCCCGUCCGCCAGCACCACAUUUCCCGGGUGACAGUCGUUGUGGGUCGUCUUGGCAUCAUGAAGUGCCAGGGUGGCUCAAAUGGUGUUCACCGCGAGCGUGGGCUUUAGCAGUGGGGCGGCGGGACGGGGGCGACACACCUGAGUGCACAAGUGCAAUACGUACACAUUCAUGGAUGGAUUCACAGCGUGUGUAUGUAUGUAUGCAUGUAGGUCUCCGCACCGUUGCCGACUUUCGUCAUGAUAAGGCAUACCCCGUGCCGACCAUCUUCUCGCCGUCCUCGCUGACCACCGGACGGACGGCGGCCGCCAGGACAUCAGGCACGGCACGUGUGCUGCUUGUUGCUGGCUGUGUGCUGCCCAGCUGGGGCACCAUCUUCAGGGCCGUGUUGGCAUCGGGCAGACGGCCCACCUCGCUCUGCAGGCUGUUGUACAGCUCACGCACAUGGUCCCUGCCCGAGCCUCUCUGGUCAUGGGUAAUGUACUUCAUGACGGCUGCUGUUGUGCUGGCGCCCUUGCAAAAAAAAAACAUAACAAGGGUGAAUUCACCCCUGCCGCCGGUGAGUGCCCGCCCACACUCCAACGUCAUGCCGUGACCCACCGGCACGACGUCGUCCGCGACGAUGGUGGGUGGGGGUGGGGGUCCGCUGGACAGCACAUUUGAGAAUGGGUUGGAGAAGGCGACGGGAGGUGUGGCCUGGGCAUCGCUGGGGGGUGAGUCAAGUGCUUUGGGCCGUGGGGAGUCCUGUGUCGAUGACCCGUCCGAUGGCUCGCCAACAACCUGUGUGGAAAGGACAACACACAACACAUAUAUGUAUGAUUCCAUCUAUGUAUGAUUUGUGUAGCGUCUGUACCAUUGCCGACUUUCGUCAUGAUUAGACAUGUCCCUGUGCCGACACAUCGUGCGAUGUGGUGCGAAAUGAUGAAUUCAUGUCUCCGCCAGAUAUAAAAUGUAGGCAACGAUUCUGCAUGCAAUGCGAAUGUGAUCUCUCUUCUGUGCAUGUAGACUCUUUCGUCUGUGCGCAUACCGCAUAAUGCAUGUGCAGCGCUAUCUCCCUGCAAUCCCUGCCAUCCUUGCUGCCUUUGGUCGCCGCGAUGACGGUGCUGCUGUUGGGCUUCAGGCAGAUGGCUUCAUCCCCGCCGACAUCGUCAUCCCACUCGUCGUUGCUGCUGUCCUCACCCUUACCCACCGCUAUCUCGGUAUCCCUCUCCUUCACCGCCUCCCAGCCGCCGCAGCACCCAAACCCAAACAACGCCCCGCCCUUCUUACCCUCCCUCUUGGCCUCGGACUCAGCCUUGCUCUCCUCCGCACCCUUGCCCGCCUAGCAUGAAAAGCCCAGCACGCGGAGACCCCUGCUGGCCUUGGUCUUGUCUGUGCCGCUCUCGGUGGCCUGGCUCUGCGCCUUCUGCGUCUGAUAAUCCUGCGACGGCAUGAGCGGAUUCAUCAACCCUUCACGUGCCCCUCCGUCUGUGUGUGUACCAUGUAUUGUACGCCAUUCAAACGCUCGCAUCCAGAUGCUCUCGGCCGUCAAGUAAUCUCUUGGGCAAAGGACCGUAGAGAUAUGUCUCUGCCGAAUAUAAAAUGUAGGUAACGAUUUUGACGACCCCAGCGAGACACCUGGCCGUCUGCCCCCCGCACCUCCCGCUCCUCACUCCUCAAGAAGGGGUCCACCCACAU